AGGCAGGCAGGCAGGGGCUGAGGAGGGGGAGGCAGCAGGACCAUGCUCAUCUGAUUCUACAGUCAUUUGCGGGGCUUUCUGUGACUGACCACGGCCUGAGCUGAAGACGUGGGGGGUCCCAGUCCGAAGAGCGCAAAAAUGGGAAAGGACUACUACAAGACCUUGGGCAUCUCCAGGGGCUCCAACGAGGAAGAGAUCAAGAAAGCGUACAGGCGCAUGGCGCUCCGGUUCCACCCGGACAAGAACAAAGAUCCCAAUGCAGAGGAGAAGUUCAAGGAGAUCGCAGAGGCCUACGAGGUUCUCAGCGACCCCAAGAAAAGGGUGGUCUACGAUCAGCUCGGAGAAGAAGGUUUGAAGACAGGGGGCACCAGCUCUUCGGGCGCUCCUGGCAGUUCGACAUACCAUUACACGUUCCAUGGAGACCCUCACGCCACCUUCGCCUCCUUCUUUGGCGGCUCCAACCCAUUCGACAUGUUCUUUGGCUCGAACCGCGGCCACAGCCGCUCAAACGGUUUCUCCUUCCACAACGACCACAGUAACGAAGCAGAGCAGGACAUGGACAUGGAUGAGGACGACCCCUUCACUCAUUUUGGGAGGCAGUUUGGCUUCCCGGGGGGAAUGAACAAUGGCUUUCCCGGCGAGGGCCGCAGACGGAGAGGGGUGCCGUCGGAGCGCCUCGGGACCAGCCGGAAGCACCAGGAUCCGCCGGUGGUCCACGAGCUGAAGGUCUCGCUGGAAGAGAUCUUCCACGGCUGCACUAAGCGGAUGAAGAUCACCCGUCGCAGGCUGAACCCGGAUGGGCGGAGCAUGAGGACGGAGGACAAGAUCCUCAACAUUAUUAUCAAGAAGGGCUGGAAGGAGGGGACCAAGAUUACUUUCCCAAAGGAAGGGGACGAGACUCCGGAGAACAUUCCUGCUGACAUAGCCUUUGUACUUAAAGACAAAGGCCACGCCCACUUCAGGAGAGACGGUUCCAAUAUCAUUUAUAACUGCAAGAUCAGUCUGAAAGAGGCGCUGUGCGGCUGUACAGUCAGUAUUCCCACGCUGGAGAACCGCAUCAUCUCGCUCCCCUGUCACGACAUCAUCAAGCCCGGAACGGUGAAGCGAGUCCGGGGGGAAGGCCUGCCGUUCCCGAAGAACCCGUCGCAGCGGGGGGACCUGAUCGUGGAGUUCUCGGUCCGCUUCCCCGACAGGAUCCCCCCUCAGUCCAAAGAGAUUAUCAGACAACACCUGCCGCAGUCGUAGGACGACACCCCUGUUUUACCCCCCGCCCCCAGCCCCCCACCGCCACACACUCCAGUGUUACCCAGAAACAAACUGCCGUCAUUCUUCUUCAUCGCUCCCCCUUUAUAUUAGAGUUAGCUUUCCUUUGUUCCGUGUUUGAUAAAGCAGCGUUAAAACAGACGCAGCCGGUUUUAGAGGUUUCCCAGUGGGAGGAUGAAGUAAGAAUGUCAACAUGAAUGGCAGUAUCUGCACAUAAUUUAUUCUUUUUUUUUUUUUGUCUUGUGGCUCAAGUGCACACAGGCACUCUCUGACACACACGCGCACACACACACAUACAUGCACACACACACGCAGAGAAGCAGUGCUGGGGUUGAGCUCGGCACAGCCAUGGCUUCUACCGGACCUUCUUUUCUUAACUGUUUUUUACAGAUUUGUCAGUGGUUUUAUAUGCCGUCCAGCCGACUCUCUGAUCCUCGUCUUUUUGUGAUAGGAUGAAGUGUGAGAUGUUUUUUAAAGAAACGUUUGUUUCCAAUAUUUUCUUUUCCAAAGAGGAUUCUUUAUUUUUACCUUGAGUGUACCAGCAGCUUCAGUGUGUUCAGUGCUAAUCCUGGUUUUAGCAUAACUUUCCCCUGCUUCAUACUGACUUUUUCUCAUGUUUUCAGUCCAUUAAAGGAUUGUUGCUUGAAAGUCUGUAGGCCCUUUAGUAUGAUCUGUGUCCCCCGAAAUAAGUUGAUGUGUGCAAAGCCAUGACGCACAUGAAAAGCCUGCAUUAUAUCAAAUAAUAGUAGUACUUUUUUGGCUACAUAG